UUUCGGAGAUGCUGAUAGUGAGAGUUUGGCCGAAUGGGACAUUCUGCCUUCUAUCUCUCUGUCUCCUUCCAGCAUGUCGACACCGAGCAGUAAUACUCUACCAUUUCCAUUAGAGCUGAUUUACGGCAGAGGUUUUCGGAUGCGACCCUCAGUCGACACUCCUAACUUCGACCGCAACCAAGCGCUGGUCGCUGCCUUGUCACAUUACCUGCCACUCGACGAAUUGUCAUUCCGAUCCAACAAUUCUGAGGACUGGCUGAGAAUGUCAUUUCUGAGUCCUCACAACAGUGCUCUGUUCAACCCUCGUGUGCCCGCACUCGCUGCAGCGGUUGACACACUCAGCCUUACUCAUGCUGCUGUCAAAUUACAGGACGAUAGCCUCGCUCAGCAAGCAAUCAAAAGAUACAUCAUCGCAGUCGCGUUGUUGAGAGAAUCGAUCGCACAAAUAUCCGACUAUGAUCGCAACGAAGUCCUCCUAGCCAUCUUAAUUCUCCAGAUCACUGAGGCGGGCGGUUGGCUAACCCAUGUAGACGGAGCUGCCAAAGUAUUUCAGUAUGAAGGACCCAGGCUUCUGAAGUCUGUGUAUGACACAGCACUUUUCAGCCAUGUUCGUCGGUAUGCUAUCAUUGGAGGUAUAAUGCGUAGAGAGCAUACCUUUNUCGGUUCAUCCCAGUGGCUUGCCGUGUCUCAAUCUGCGCCUGCAGCCGACCAUGAAACCCGUCUCUUGGACAUCGGAUCAACGAUACCUGCUUUGCUUGCCAGAACAGACAAAGUCCGCAUAAACAAUGCUCCUGAGCAUAUCGUCCACGAACUGCUUCAAAAGCUGGACUCUGCCUGCCAAGCGGUAACGACCUGGCUCAACGAAUUCUCCUCAUCAAUGGAACACGAAAUAAGCACCACUAUCGAUAUCAAGGAAAUGGAGGCAUAUAAUGAGGAAAUGAACGGUGACUCAACCUUCCUGCCGGUUUUCAGAUUUGCCUCUUUCAGGACUGCUUGGCGUAUGACUCUGGGAUGGACUUUCUACGUUACCAUUUUGAAAGCCAUUCUUGUUAUCCUGACGGAAAGGAAAGAGGUCUCGUACAAACACGAAGCAUCAGAUAUCGGGCUCAAAAUAUUUCACGUGGUCACCAAUCUUUCCAUGGUCAUACCACAGCUCUUUGCUCGACACUUUGGAGCCAUGAGUCGUGUGGCUAUGAUGGUGCCACUCAGAAUCUCGACCGCGUUCUACCUAGCUCGUGGUCAAACAAAGGAGCUGGACUGGUGUAGAAAAGUAGGAAAGGCAGUUUUCAGCUCGCGUGAGGGACUGAAUCAUAUCUGGGUUCUGAAUAACAGGAGAGACUACAUGUCCGCUCGAGCAGGUCGUAACAAGCAAGAAGCUUUGGCGCUCAAACGUGGGGAUAGUCUUGCUGAUCCGUUAAACCCC